AUGGAUCCCAAUCUACUCUACACUCGCCUUGAUCCUUCUAAGAAGCAGAUCAGGCUCCUCCAGAUUACAACGACAUCUCCGAGGAUCUCUUGCCGACUCAGUACCAGUUCUCUCAAUGACGACACUGCAUUCUGCGCUCUAACUUAUGUUUGGGGUGAUCCAAUGAACCAGCGAGAGGUUUGGGUGAAUGAUACUCGCGUUUCGGUUACAAAUAACCUUGUAGAGGCGCUUACCGAUGUCCAAGAGGUAUCGCGAGGCCAGGGUGUUCCAGAAUUGCGACUAUGGGUCGAUGCAAUCUGCAUUAACCAAAGCGACGACAUCGAGAAGAACCACCAGGUUCCCUUAAUGAAGGACAUUUAUUCCGCCGCCGCAAUGACUUUCUCCUUCCUAGGAUCUUCGCCAUCGACUUCGGAUCUCUGCUCUGCCCUUGAUUGUUUCUCUGUUAUCGCAUCCCGCCUAGAAAACGGCGAUUACAGCACCAAACAAGGGAACGACAGUAUCAUCUUGAAAUUAUUCGAAGACUUGCCCCUAGACCCAGCAAAAUCCGAGCUACCUCAUCCAGAGGUUCCCGAAAUUGGUAUAGCUCUACCAUCAUGGAAUUCUCAAUUGACAGAAUAUGCUUCACUUCUCAAAUCGCUAGCUUACUGGAAACGUGCUUGGAUAUUUCAGGAGCUUGUUCUGUCUAGGAAAACGAUUCUCUUUUACAAAGACCGCUGCAUCGAGUUCGAAAAUUUCGCCAAGAUAUCUGAGUGGGCAAGCAACAUAUCAGCAGGGCCAAAACCCAGCAUAAUUCACCCGUUGACUUGGUACUUUAUUCUAUCACUAGCAUAUCGAGCAGUGAGAGUCACCCGUCUUGUACGAAAUGUCCUCUAUCAGUAUCGAACGCAGACGAGUGACAGAAAAAGGAACACCCCCACAAUUCGACAAUUAGGCCAUUACGCUAUGCAUUUACAAGCAACUAACCCGAAAGACUAUGUCUACGCCCUGUUGGGCAUUUCUGGUCUAGAAAUUGUCCCACGGUAUGAAACUACUGUAGCUGUCGCCUCUGUUUAUGUCGAAUUUUGUGCCAAGCAAAUGGAACAUAACUAUUCUGAUCCUCUGAAAUUCCUCAAUAAGAGCGGACUCGCAAACGGGAACCCUGGGCAUCAUAAUUUGCCCUCGUGGGUGCCAAAUCUCCCCAUCGGCGGUACAGAAAAGGAUUUUGCGAUGAUCAAGUCUUUCUCUGAUUUGGAUACAGUUCAGACUUGGAGUGAAUUUACAGGACACUCCGACAAAACUUUCAUUCAAAACCACAGCCUCUUCCUUUCCUCACUCCUGAUCGACUCGGUCGAUGAUGUCAGUGAACCUCGUCCCUCUUACGGCGAUAAGAGAUCUCUUCUGGAAUACGUUUUAUCGAUUUUUAAAAUGCUAGACCGCGCCUUUCAGGAUUCUAAAGACUCAUUCUGCAACGACUGCCACCCAUUUUUGAAGCUUACGAGUGCUUUCUACCAAACCAGGAUUACAAGUUCAGAUUGGGAUGGUGCAAGUGUACUCUGA